AUGUGGCCUAUCGCAGUAUCGGUGGCCUUUUUGGUCUGCUGCGGUAGCCUUCUGGAAGCUGCAGACCCUGAUAGACGGCGGUACACUAACCCCACGUACUACAACGUGGGCGGAGUGCUGUCCAGCAACGAGUCCGUCGCUUUCUUCAAGGAUACUAUAUCGAAUUUGAACUUCAAAGACCAGUAUGUACCGCGCGGUGUGACUUAUCAUGACUACUCCAUCCUGAUGGAUACUAACCCAAUCAAAACGGCGCUUAACGUCUGCAAGGAUCUAAUCGCACAUCGUGUGUACGCGGUAGUGGUAUCCCACCCGCUCACCGGUGACUUAUCGCCGGCAGCGGUCUCCUACACGAGCGGCUUCUACCACAUCCCUGUCAUCGGGAUCUCAUCCAGGGACUCUGCGUUCUCCGACAAGAACAUUCACGUAUCAUUCCUGAGGACUGUGCCACCGUACUCGCACCAGGCGGACGUAUGGGUCGAUGUGUUGAAGCACUUCAAUUAUAUGAAGGUCAUCGUCAUUCACAGCUCGGAUACGGAUGGUCGCGCUAUUUUAGGAAGGUUCCAAACAACUUCCCAGAACGUCGACGACGAUGUUGACCGCAAGGUGGUGGUGGAACAGGUGAUAGAAUUUGAACCAGGAUUGGAUUCAUUCAGUGAUAAACUCGCAGAAGUUAAGAGCGCCCAAUCGAGGGUCUUCCUUAUGUAUGCAAGCAAAACGGACGCGGAGAUAAUAUUCAGGGACGCGACGUUCCUGAACAUGACGACCGUGGGCUACGUCUGGAUGGUGACGGAGCAAGCGCUGGAUGCGGCCAAUGCGCCCGAGGGACUGCUGGGCCUCAGGCUUGUCAACGCAACUAACGAGCACGCACACAUACAAGACUCCAUAUACGUGUUAGCCUCCGCCAUCCGUGACAUGAACAACACUGAAGAGAUCAGCGCCCCACCCUCGGAUUGUGACAACUCCGGCUCAAUAUGGACCACUGGCCGGCAGCUCUUCGACUUCAUACGGCGUCAGAAGCUGGAGAACGGAGCUACUGGCUUCGUGGCCUUCGACGACCAUGGAGACAGGGUGCAUGCGGAAUACGACAUGGUGAACGUAAGGGCUCAGGGAGAACAUGUGGCGGUGGGGAAAUACUUUUACUCGAAGGAAACCCAAAAGAUGCGCCUAGAAUUGAAGGAAAAUGAAAUUAUAUGGAUGGGUCGCAGUCCUACGAAACCAGAAGGAUUCAUGAUACCAACCCAUUUAAAGGUGCUGACGAUAGAGGAGAAACCUUUCGUCUACGUUCGUCGUAUUGACGAAGGCAGUAACUGUACCAGCGAAGAAAUUCCAUGUCCUCAUUACAACGCUAGCUAUAACGCAAGUGAAGCCGUAGAUCAGCUGUACUGCUGCAAAGGCUUCUGCAUGGAUUUGUUGAAAUAUCUAUCGAAAGCAAUCAACUUCACAUACUCGUUGGCUCUGUCGCCCGAUGGACAAUUCGGAAAUUAUAUCAUAAAGAACCUCUCCGUGCCUGGAGCAAAGAAGGAGUGGACUGGACUUAUCGGUGAAUUAGUUUAUGAACGCGCCGACAUGAUCGUGGCACCACUAACAAUAAACCCAGAACGAGCGGAAUUCAUUGAAUUCAGUAAGCCAUUCAAAUAUCAAGGCAUCACAAUAUUAGAAAAGAAGCCUUCACGUUCGUCGACGCUAGUGUCGUUCUUGCAGCCGUUCUCGAACACGCUGUGGAUACUGGUAAUGGUCUCAGUACACGUGGUGGCACUGGUGCUUUACCUGCUGGACAGGUUCUCUCCGUUCGGCAGGUUCAAGCUGGCGAAUAUAGAUGGCACUGAGGAGGACGCUCUGAACCUAUCCAGUGCUAUAUGGUUCGCUUGGGGCGUGCUCUUGAACAGUGGGAUCGGUGAAGGCACUCCCCGGAGCUUCUCGGCGCGAGUCCUCGGCAUGGUGUGGGCUGGUUUCGCUAUGAUAAUCGUUGCCUCGUACACCGCCAACUUGGCCGCCUUCUUGGUGCUCGAAAGGCCCAAGACCAAGCUCACGGGCAUUAACGACGCUAGGUUACGAAACACGAUGGAGAAUCUAACGUGCGCCACCGUAAAGGGCUCAGCCGUGGACAUGUAUUUCAGACGACAGGUCGAGCUAUCCAACAUGUACCGUACGAUGGAGGCGAACAAUUACGACAAUGCCGAACAGGCCAUUGAAGACGUCAAGAAUGGGAAACUAAUGGCAUUCAUUUGGGAUUCCUCUCGGUUGGAAUUUGAAGCGGCACAGGACUGUGAGCUUGUGACAGCUGGGGAAUUGUUCGGUCGCUCCGGAUACGGCGUGGGUCUGAAGAAGGGAUCUCCUUGGGCAGAUUUGGUCACAUUGGCCAUAUUGGACUUUCAUGAAAGUGGAAUAAUGGAAUCCCUGGACAACCAAUGGAUCUUAAGAAACAACAUGCUAAACUGCGAAGAAAAUGAAAAGACACCCAACACGCUCGGACUGAAAAACAUGGCUGGCGUGUUCAUACUUGUGCUGGCCGGCAUCAUAGGAGGGAUAGUCCUUAUUGUGAUUGAGGUGGUAUACAAACGACACCAGAUCCGGAAGCAGAAGAGGUUGGAGAUUGCCCGUCACGCGGCCGAUAGGUGGCGUGGCUGUGUCGAGAAACGGAAGUCUCUGCGUGCUGCUAUACUGCCUUCGCAGCGAAGAGCGAAGUCGAAUGGAGUUAAAGAAGCGGGCAGCAUCAGCCUGGCUGUGGACCGCGGUGCCAGGAGACGGGACGAGCCGCGUGUGCCAAGAUACCUACCAGCUUAUACCCCGGAUGUUUCACAUCUUGUUGUUUAG